CGGGGUUCAAUUUCUGGCCAGUUGUCAUAGACUCAUAGGGUAGAUUGUCUCCGACUGCUGUUCAUCAAACGAUAUCAGUUCUCGCAUGAUUCGUCAGAAUUUUUCGUAUUCAACUGCACCUCGAUGACAGCGUUACAGGAAUACGAGUGACCUACACAUAUGGUUGCAGCUAUACACAUGUCCAUUGUCCAUUUGAGUAUCUCCAUCGGUGAUCCUUAAAUCAGGACCGGAUUUGAGACCUCCCUUUCUUUUUCGAACCUCAAAUAAUUGAUUAGACUCCUGCACUAGUCUCCAAAUUUGAGCCCUUAGAACGCAUCUACAAGAGUUUAGUAAAACAACUUCCUAUUUUAGUAAAAAGAGAAAAAGUCUUCUCCAACAAUUUGAUAAAAGAGGUACUUAAAAUAAAAAAAAAUUAUUAAAUAUCCUCCUUAACUCAUAAAUUUGUAAAGUAGAGAGAACUUUGUAUCCCUCUAGUAAAACAUAUGAUCGGCUCUAGUAAACAAAAAAAACAACAAAUAGAUGUAGACCUUAUUAUAAUUUUUAAAUUUUAGAAAGCUAUUAUAGGAUACUGUUGGAGAAUUUAAAGUUGCUAUUUCUUUUAUUAACUUGCUAGAUCUAUUAGUUUACAUGCAAAUUAUACCAAAUUUCUGAAGAUACUCUUAGAGCAUGGUUAAUAAUAGAGUCAAGUGGUUGACUAUAAGUCAAAUUAUAAGAGUCAACCUAUAUAUAAGUUUAUAUUUUUUUUAUCUACAAUAUUUCUUUAUUAUUAGAUGUUUUUGUUCUUUUUCCUAUUUCUCUCGCAUACAUCUCUAUUGGAACCAACUAAUGUCUAUGUUUAGGUGCUUAUAUGAGAGCCAAACUCUCUUCUCUCCUUCUUCUCUUUUCCACAUUAUUAGCAAAAACAUUAAUUAGCUUGGCUAAGCUGCGUGCUCUUACAUUCAUAAUAGGGCCCAAUUGUCAGCGGAAUACAAUUUCUUUUCUUUUCUUUUUUCUCUGUUUCUCUUCUCCCCUCGUGCCGUAUCCCUCACCAGCGACUUGCCGGGGUUCGGGUUAACGCCAACCGCACGCAGUUCCCCUGCGUCCCAUGGCGUCCCUCCGCCUCGUGGCAACGCUAGCGCCCUCCGGUCCUCCUCCGCCACCUCGACGUGAGCGCCGGAGACCGCCCUCCGCAGUCCGUCCGACGGGUGGGGUGGGCCUGGCGGUGGCGGCGGCUACCGUGGCCACGGUCGCGGCGGCGGCCGCCUCGCCGCCGGCGCUCGCCGCGCUGUCCGAGCCGGCGAACGCGCUCUCGCUGCCCACCUGGGCCGUCCACGUCUCCAGCGUCGCCGAGUGGGUGACGGCAAUGUGGCUGGUUUGGGACUACGGGGAGAGGACGGGGCUCAAGGGUUGGAAGGGCCUCUCGUGGGGGAUGGUUCCACUUCUUGGUGGAGCAAUGUGUGCUUGCACGUGGCAUUUCUUCUACAACUCAGAAUCUCUGGAAGUCCUUGUUGCCCUUCAAGGUGCUCUGACAGUUAUUGGUAACAUAACAAUGUGCAUAGCUGCAUACCGCAUCUUCAAAGCAUCCCAGGAAGGCUCAAAAACUUCAUAGGCUGCAAGAUUUGAUCUUACAACCGGUUUGAGAAGGUAAAUGAGGGAUGCUACACCUCAUUUGAAAAUUGACAUUGCUGAGAGCCUGAGAGGAUGGUAGGAGAGGAAACAGAUAGAAGGUUGAUUGGCUUUACCUUCUGAAACAUGAUUGUGACCGUGUUGAAGGAAAAACAGAGCUGCAACUCUCCUGUAAAUGCCUGUGAAAAUCACCCUGAAUUCGUUUACAGCCUCAGAUAAGCAGAAUCCAUUCACUCGAUACAAAGAGAUGGCACUCAGUACGCUACAGUUUCGAGCACUGAAUGUUAGUACCAUGA